GCAGUUCAAAUAAUUUUUUGUUAUUGUUUUCACCUGUCCACUAAAAUUAACAUUUCUCCGUGAAAUCGACUGUGAAAAAUUAUACAAUUGGCUCUAAAGAUUAACUAAAGGAUACAGUCAUACAAAUAUAGUAUAAUCAAGGAUGGCAAGCACGAAAAGCAACCAAAAAACUGCCCAAGAAGAAGUUUUCACUCAAUUUCAACAUUUAAGAAAUGAACAGCGAAAUCUUGUGAAUAAUUUAUCGACAUUGGAGCUAGAUCUCAAGGAACAUAAGACGGUUAUAGACACUCUGAAGACAGUAGAUGAAAAUAGAAAAUGUUUCCGUCUAAUUGGUGGAGUGCUAUGUGAACAAACUGUAAAGGAAACCCUUCCGAACUUAAUACAGAACAAAGAUCAAUUAGAGAAACUUAUCGAAAAUGGUAAGGAACAAUUGACCAAAAAGGGACAAGAGAUUAAUAAGUUUAAGGAAGAACACAAUAUUCAAGUACGAGAGCAGUCGUCAGAACCAGCAUCGAAAGAAGCAAAGAAUGAACCAUCAACCGCUGGUAAAAGUAACGUUCUUGUCUCUUAAUUCAUCACUUGUAUGCUGGCAUUAAUCAUAUACCAAGUUGGUAUUGAUAAAUAUAAUAAAUUAUUCAUUUAUAUCCUCCCU